GUACUGUGACUACCAAAGUCACCACGAACUUCCUUGGAGCGAGAAUACUAAAACCGUUUGCACGUUUCACGCCCUCAAAUCCCUCCAAGUGACAAGUCAAUUUGACAUCUUUUACUUUCCGCACAAUCCAAGUCUGACUGCUUGAGCAUCGCAUCGUCCGUCAUCUGUUACCUACGGUCACAACCCUAUUUGUUACCGUUAGCCCUUCUCGUUUGACCAAUUGCAACCCCCCGGCCCCCUGCAUGUCAGGUGCCAGCAACAAUCGGUAUAGUCAUUGUACCGUGAGUCUUUACAGCCUCUCUCAUAUCUCACUUUAUUUCUCCUCUACUUCUGCAACUUCAAGGACCCAUUAGUUCACCUUCAAACUUCUAUCAUGGCUCCCCCUUAUGCAAUUGGUAUUGAGGCAGUUACCGAUACUCAAGCAAUCAGCGUUACAGAGCCUUUGACUGCCGAGAGUGUAGCCGCAAGACGUGAGAAGAGUGCAAAAUUUGUAGGGGGAACUGCUGCCUAUACCACUAGCGACUUUUACAAGAAUCCGGUAAGUUGCCCUAAGUUUACUGCAAUCUCUACAUAACUAAUUAAAACCUUUAGUUCUUGGGCAACAAGCCUAAAGCAAAGAGAUGGGAUCGUGAGUCAGACGCAAAUACCCACACUUUUACAAUGAAUGAUACUGACCUGCACAGAUUAUAUCAGCCUUGAGUCCAAGUCAAGACAGCCCUCUAGCCUCAAGGCUGCAGCCAAGUUUCUGAACAAUCCAGGUCUUAUCUCCCUUGGGGGUGGUCUGCCAUGUCCCGAAUACUUCCCAAUUGAAGGACUGACCUUCAAGGUUCCCUCACCGCCCCAAUUUACCGAAGAAGAGACGAAGGCGUCCGGCACCGUGGUCAAAGCUGGCAAGUAUGAUGUCUCGGAAGGUAGAAGUUCAUAUGAUCUCUCUAUUGCCCUCAAUUACGGAUUGGGUUCUGGCUCGGCACAGCUCAUUCGAUUUGUUACCGAACAUACUGAGAUCGUGUGUAAGCCCCCUUACGCAGAUUGGCACUGUGCUCUUACGGUAGGCAAUACGUCCGCAUUAGAGCAAGCAUUACGAAUCUUUUGCGAAAGAGGUGACUAUGUUCUUUCUGAAGAAUAUACCUUUGCGUCCGCUGUCGAGACAGCACUGCCUCUCGGUAUCAAAUUUGCCGCUGUCAAGAUGGAUGCCGAAGGACUUUUACCCGAAUCUAUGGAUGAGGUUCUGACUAAUUGGGAUGUCAACGCUAGAGGUGCUCGCAAACCUCGUGUUCUCUACACCGUCCCAUCGGGACAAAAUCCGACUGGUGCAACACAAGGAACAGCACGACGCCACGCCAUUUACAAAGUAGCACAGAAGCACGAUUGCUAUAUUUUCGAAGAUGAACCAUAUUAUUUCCUGCAGAUGCAACCCUACACAGGUCCCGAUAGCCCGGCAGUUCCACCCCCAAAAAACAAUGAGGAGUUCCUCAAGGCACUGAUUCCUACUUACUUAAGUAUGGAUAUUGAUGGACGAGUCAUGCGUAUGGAUUCCUUCUCCAAAGUCAUCGCCCCAGGCACACGUGUGGGCUGGAUCACCGCAUCCGAGCAGAUUGUGGAACGAUUCAUUAGACAUAAUGAGUGCGGAGUUCAAAACCCAAGUGGGCUCUCACAAGUGUUCCUGUACAAGAUGCUUGAUGAAAGUUGGGGCCAUGCUGGUUAUCUCGGAUGGUUGAUUAAUUUGCGACUUCAAUACACUAGCCGACGAGAUGCCAUCCUUCAUGCAUGCGAGAAGUUUUUGCCUAAGAAUAUCGUUAGCUGGAAUCCACCAGCUGCAGGCAUGUUUGUAAGUCCAAAUUCUCAAAUCAUAUCACUCGCUCCUUAUACUUACAAACCCUUCUAUCAUAGCUCUGGCUAAAAGUCGACCAUACACUCCAUCCCUCGGCUAAGACCGCAACACCACUUUCCAUUGCCGAGAUUGAAGAACAAGUCUUCCUUGUCGCGAUCGAAAAUGGCGUUCUCAUUUCCAGAGGCUCAUGGUUCACAGCUGAACGCAGUGGCUUCGUGGCCAAAGAACUGUUCUUCAGAGCUACCUUUGCUGCUGCUACCGAAGAGAAGAUGGCCGAGGCUAUUGAACGAUUUGGGGCUGCUGUUCGAACCUGUUUUGGGGUCGAACAACAUGGCAACUGAAACAAGAACAUUAAUGACUCAUACCUUGACGAUGGAACGAUAACUUUGCGGUGUUCUUGCCCUUCUUUGUGGGCUCAUGGGUGGCUAUUUGAUUGGGCGUGGAGUUUUGAGAGUUCGUCACAAUGCAUAGAUGGGAGGCUUUUUGAAACUUUUUAGAUACUUCUGACAUAGACCUUUCUUUCUCGCAGCGUUCAGAUUAGAAAGGAAAGAAUUGAAGCUUUCUAUCAUACUGACAAA